GAGCACGACGGAGCUUCUUCCCGACGCUCAUUGCUGGGAGUCAAAGCAGCAGCAGUCACGUGACAGCAGCGAGGGCUCAGGCUGAGAGAAAGCGCUUCAUUCGCCAUACUGUGUUUUGUGCCAUAACGCAUUUUUCUCGCAACAUUUUACUCCCACUCGGUGAGUACGUUUUCAGGCCUUUUUGUAACCCUUUUUGUCUUUUCAAUUGCUCUUUUUAUUUUUCUCUCUCCUCUUGCUGGGGUUUGAACGUUGACAUUUGAAAAAGUGGUGUUUUUAGGCGUUUUUCGAUCCGUGCCUCAAGUUUUUAGUAUGCAGUGAUUCCUAUCGGGGCUAUUCAGUACUGAGCGACACUGGCCAAAUACGUGCUUGCAGUCGUGUCGAAUCAUGCAACUGGUUUUUAAAUCGCCUUGGCUGUGCCAUUUUUACGUAUACGAUACUAGUGGUUUUUAAAUAUUUUUCUUUCUUUUUUUUUCUUUUUUUUUUUUCUUUUUGUUGUUCUCUACCAUAGACUUUUGCUGUAGAUAUGCUUUGCUUGUAUUUUCCGGUGUUGUUCAUGAGAGUUUUGUAAUUUUGAUGCCAUCGAGAGAGCGAAGCAUUUGCUUUUAUUUUGGUCCGUCUUUUCUUUACCGAAAAAAGUCAUUUUCAGACGUGGUGACAUUUUAAUGCCCAAACUUUUCUUGCAGCUUACCUAUCACGUUUGUUUAUUUUUGUUUUUUCUUUCAUUUUUUUUUUUUUUUUUUUUUUUUUUAAAUGCCUUUUCAUUUUAAGGUGAAAUGAUUUUUUGGAUGUUAUCAUUUUUUCACGUAGAUGAUGCAAAUGAUGUGGUUUAUGUGAAGGGAAUAAUUGUUUCUUUGGGGGAAAUAUCAGUGCAUCUUUGCUUUCAACGAAGAUGAACAGACGAUUCUCCUUUGCAGGCAUUUUACGGAUUUAGGGGUUGCAGCGUAACAUCGUCGUGACAGCAAAGUUGUAAAAUUGGAAAUAACUUUACACAGAAAAGGAGAAGAAUGACGGGGAAGACUCAAACCAGCAAUGUCACUAACAAGAACGACCCACGGUCCCUCAACUCACGGGUCUUUAUUGGCAACCUCAACACCGCCAUUGUGAAAAAGGCAGACAUCGAGGUCAUCUUUGCCAAGUAUGGCAAGAUCGUUGGCUGUUCGGUGCACAAGGGUUACGCUUUCGUCCAAUACAUUAGCGAACGGAACGCACGAGCGGCCGUGGCAGGCGAGAACGCCAGGAUUAUCGCAGGACAACCGCUCGAUAUUAACAUGGCUGGAGAGCCCAAGCCCUACAGGCAUAAAGCAGGAUCCAAACGACCUAUUACUGCUGUCUACAGUGGUUAUGAAUUUGAUUAUGAUUACUACAGGGAUGACUUCUACAAUCGGCUCUUUGACUAUCACGGACGGGUGGCCCCUCCUCCGAGGGCUGUGAUCCCUCUGAAGCGUUCAAGGGUGGUUCUUCCAUCCACUCGGCGUGUGAAGAGUUCCUUCCCUAUUAAAACCUCUACCUCUUCUUCCUCAAGACCCCCAUCAUCAUCAUCAUCAUCCUUCUCUUCUGGGCUAAAAUUAAAGUCAGAUCAACUCCAGACUAUCAAACGUGAACUGACUCAAAUCAAGAUGAAAAUCGACUCGCUUCUGGGUCGACUUGAGAAGAUCGAGAAACAGCAGCGAGCCGAGUGCGAACCUCAUAGGAAAUAUGAGGAUAACUGCGACUCGUUGCACGAGGAGUCGAUAUCGGAGACAGCUGAGAAUUCCGGAGAGGAAGGAGGGGAGGGGCCAUUGGACGCAGAGGCAGGAGAAAUGACGGAUGGUGGUGAGGAUGACUACGACGAAGAGGGCAGCACUGAUCUGAUGGAAAACCAUGUGUCUGAUAUUGACAACUAAAGAGGUCUUCAUCCAGAGAGGAAAUCAACUUUGCUUUGAACAGAUGACAAGGCGUUCUGCCAAUACUGACAUUUCCUCUCAAAGAGGCAGUGAACUCUCUCCAUUGGCUGUGAUUAGAGGAAGAGCAAAUAUUUUGUCACCAUUUAGCAUCAGACACUAUUGCUAUUUUUCAUUUAAUAGCGUUUGUCAUAUUCAAUCAUAUUUUGAUUUACACAUAUCCUGUAAAGGCAAAAAAAAAAUUAAUGUCUAAUUUUAAGCUUCAUCACGCAAAUUUCACUUAUUUACAACUAUCUGUAUGUGCAAAAUGAGCCUUAAAUGUCCGAAAAAAAUAACUUGUCAUUUUUAAACCCUCAGUAUUAACAGGACGCUUCUUUAAAUAAUUCUAAAUUAUAAAAGAUUUUAAAAGGUCUGUAUUAAGGUUUAAUGAUGAAUAUAUUUAAUGAGACUGCAUCUUUAUCUAUAACUUUUCUCACACACUUAUUUCAGAGACAAUUUAUGUUUUCUGAAAGUUGUUAGUACUUUUAUUGUUGUACAGUUGUGCUCCCUGGAUCAAAAUAAAUAAACUUUAAGAUUUGAUUCUCAGAUUCAAUCAAGUAAAAGUAUACAAUAAUGUACACUCGGUUUAGUCCAAGACUAGCCAAAUAAUUUUAUAUCUGGCACUUCAAUUUCAUCAGUCCUCUAAAUCUUAUAAACUGUAACUCUUAAGACAACAGAAAUAUUGUCAGACUAACUCUAUAAGAUUAAUUUUCUCUUAAUGUGUCAUAAAUUGUAAUGAAACUGUAAAGAUGACGUUGUACUACAUUGUCAUUUUAUUGCUUUUCCCCCCCCAUGCAUAGCUGUUUGUAAAUUAGAAUCUAAUGUAGUCGUCUCACAUUUCUGUUCUCUAUGAUGUCAUUCAGUAUAGUGUAAUGUCAUAAUGAACUCUAUUUUUUUGUAUGGCAGAUUUACAGAAAAAAGUUUCAGAAUAUUCCUUUUUGUUCUGCUGACAUUUUCAUUCUGCUACUGUACAUAUUUUGUUUAAAUGAAGAAUGUGGGAAUACAUGUGUAAAGCUUUAAAAAAGAACAAAAGUAAUGGAUCCAUAUCACUGGAAAAAUGUGACAAUUCUUUUAUAUUUUCAAAUUAGUGUCUUGUUGGAGAGAAAACCAAUUUUAUACAGUCUAGUUCAAUAGUAUCAUAACUGCUUGGCUGAGAGGCCUGGUAAUAUUACUGAAUAUUGUAUAGAAAUGUAAACUAUUUGUAAAGAUAUUUUUAUGAUUAGCAUGUUUAUUAUUUUAAUGUAGUUUUAGUUGUUUUAUUUGUUGUCUGGCUGUAGGCUUUGCGGUAUAAGAAAAGAGUUCCGUUACAAUCGCUAGAUAAAAAUUGUGCAAAAAUAAAACCUUUUUCCUAUAUUUAUUAUGGAAACAUUCAGCUACGCAUCCAGCCCAACAUCAUCUACUUUAGAAUAAAAGAUUAACUUAUUAUUAUGAUGGUCACAUAGAUAAUUAGUCAUGUAACAUAUUAUUUGAUAAGAAUUUGGCCGUAUCUUUGGAAAUAAGCCUUACAGACUCCAGCUUUCAUACAACAUUAUGUUUCAUUAAUUAACAGCCCUGAAUUACCAGUAGUGAGUAAUAUUAAGGCAAUAUAUUUUAAUGCAAACUGAGAUGAAAAAAGCUCGGCGCUGACAUUUUCAAUGUGUAUGUGAGUUUGGUGGGGGAGGGACUGCAGCACCUGUCGUAGUUUUGGAUGCACCUACAGUAUGUGCAGCUGCAGCAGAUGGCGACUCAAAUAUACUCAAUUUAUCAACAUCAAAAGCAAAUGUCUGAGU